AUGUUCAAUGCUCUUGCGUAUCAUUGUCGAACACGUAUUCGGGAGGCUCAAUCAAAACAAACUCCGAUGAAAUUUAGCGAAAUAGUGAAAAGAAAGUGAUGUGUUUUAGAAGGAUUUCUUGAAAUCUGUUGCGUGCUUUAUUGCGAGCUUCAAAAACAGCGCCUAUCGCUCAGAGACCCAUCCCGAGCAAGUAAUCGAACCACGAAAAAUGAGUGAUAUACAAACAUGGUACAAGCAGGUUCCGAUUUUUACUCGGAUUUGGCUUUCGGCUACAGUGGGAAUCAGCCUGUUGGCCCGAUUUGGAAUACUGCCGCCUGGGUAUUUAAUACUGACUCAGUAUUCUUUAUUUAGACAGUUUCAGCUAUGGCGACCGAUGACUGCGGUUUUCUACUAUCCACUCAAUCCAUCAACCGGAUUUCACUUUAUGCUGAACUGUUUCUUUCUGUAUAACUACUCUCUUCGUCUGGAGACGGAUCAUUUCAAACAGAAACCCGGUGAUUAUUUCUAUCUGCUGUUUUUCAACUGGAUUCUAUGCGUUAUCAUUGGAUUGCUCAUUGAACUUCCGAUUCUCAUGGAUCCUAUGGUGCUGUCCGUACUUUACGUAUGGUGUAAACUGAACAAAGAUGUUAUCGUCAACUUUUGGUUUGGAACCCGUUUCAAGGCGAUGUAUCUUCCAUGGGUUCUGUUGGGAAUGAAUCUGAUUCUUUCCUCAGGAAGCAUUUUUUCUAUUGUUGGCAUUUUGGUUGGUCACGCUUACUAUUUCCUAAAGUUCAUUUACCCACAAGAGCUGGGUGGUCCGAGCUUAAUCGAGACACCCGCGUUCAUCAAACGGUUCUUCCCGGACGUUACCGGUGGUGUGCACGGUUUCGGCGUUCCUCCAGUUGGACAGCGUGCGGCAAACCAACAACAACAGCAAGGCAAUGGCUUUGGUUUUAGACACGCCUGGGGUCGGGGUCAAGUUCUCGGUCGUGAAUAAUCUGAGAUACUUGCUGGAGAGAGGUCGGUAAUGUAUGGAAGUAAAACUGAACUAGCAAUUCAACACAAUGCAAUUGUAUAUACAUGCACUAUUUAAGGGUAUUUUUCGUGACAUUGUUUUUUUCUCUAAAUUUCUCACAAACAAGAAUCAUGUAAGCGAUUGAUGUCUCAUAAAAGAAUAUAAAAAUGUGUAAAAUAAUAAGCAAUUUAAUAACAUCAUG